AUGGUAGUUACUAUCACCACAAAGCGAAACAAUCAUCUCAAAUGGCGACAUGUGCCUCCUGAACAGCUACAGCUGCAGUCACUUAGAGUUGCUGUUAUAGGAGGCACCGGCGGGAUCGGCCAGGCCUUGAGCCGUUUUUUGGAUUCAAAAGGUGCAGAAGUUUUCGUGGUGGGUCAGACCUACAGGGAAAGCGACACAAGCAACAUCAAGUUCAUAGGGGCCAAUCUGGAGCUGAUGUCAGAAGCGCAGCGGGUCGCUCAGGAGCUUUUGGCCCAGCCUUUGGACCUGAUAAUUUUCUCUGCCGGAAUCGUCGCUGCUCCUACGCGCGAGGAAACCGUUGAGGGACUCGAGCGUGACAUGGCCGUCAGCUAUCUGAACCGGCUGGUCAUUUUGCGUGCAAUAUUGCCCAAACUAGAGAAAACCGAGACUCACAUUUUGAAAAAACCCCGGGUCUUUAUAAUUGGGUAUCCCGGUACUGGAGCUCUGGGAAGCCCUGAUGAUUUGAAUUCUGAACGUCACUACGGAGCUGUGGCUGCCCAUAUGAAUACAGUUGCGUGUAAUGAGGCCCUGGUUUUCGAUUGUGCGAAUCAAUUCCCCGACGUUAGUUUUUUUGGUCUGAACCCAGGCUUCAUCAAGACCAACAUUCGCAACAACCUUCUCGGGGCUGGUUCCAUAAAAUCUCGCUUAGUUGAAGGCUUUAUUGGUUAUUGGUUCCAAGACGCUGACACUUACGCAAAGCAUAUUGGACCCUUGCUUGUGACCCCCGAUAUUGACAUGCACAGCCCGGCUUUUUUCAAUUCAAAGGGCCAGGCCAUAUACUCUCAGGGAUUUUCCAAGCACCAUAUUGAAUGGCUGAUUCGCAAGUCCGAAGCACUGCUCGAGAAAGCUGGAGUGCCAGUGAAGUAA